AUGCAGUCGUUCAAAGCAGUCUUCUUCAAACCUGAUCCACAGGACCAAAAACGGAAAUGUGACUCGAUCAUCCGCAAGAAUGUGCGCGGCCUGGACCGUGAUAUCAUCAACCUAAAGGUCACCGAGCAGAAAACCAAGUCACUCAUCCUUCAGGCCUCCAAGCGCGCACAGAAGAACCCGUCCCAAGCCAACCAAGCUACAGCCGAAACACGAACAUUUGCUCGAGAACUACUCCGGGUGCGGAAACAAGCAGCGAGAUUACACACAAGCAAGGCGCAGCUACAGAGCGUACAGAUGCAAGUCAAUGAGGCUUUUGCAGUGCGGAAAAUAGAAGGAAGCCUCAAAGCCAGCACGAGCAUCAUGAAGGACGUCAACACAUUGGUUCGAUUACCGGAGCUGACAGGCACCAUGCAAGAACUGAGUCAAGAAUUAAUGAAGGCUGGCAUCAUCGAGGAAAUGGUCGGUGAUACAUUACCAGACGACCAGUUAUUAGAAGGAGAAGAUGAAGAGGCAGAAACUGAGGUUGAUAAAGUAUUGAGUGAACUACUCAAGGGCAGGUUGGGAACGACCGACCAGAAAAUUCCGGAUCUACCGGUGGAGGAAGAGGAGGAAGCGGAAGACAGAGAGGCCGAACUGGAACAAAUGCGAGGGCGGUUAGAGGCAUUGAAGAGUUGA